AAUGCGGAUGGAGCGUUCAAAACACAAAACAUUCCUGAUCAGAACCCCAGUAAGAUAGAAUAUCUCUCCAUUUGUACCAGCACGAUAAUGUCUUUAAAAUCAGUGAUUUUUGCAUCGUUGAUGGUGAUUGGAGUUUUCUCCGAUCCGGAGCCCAGCAGUUACAAAGUCCCUCCUUCUUACGGUGCCCAGCCCAAGUACGAAUACGUCGAGAUUCCGCACUGCGCCAAAAACACGACCAAGUCUUGGUGCCUGGAAGACUCUGAAUAUCCCCAACACGAAGUGCAACAAGCCCUGGACCAACACUACCAAGCCGUCGUGGCUUUCUACAAGGACAAACUGGCCAACACUGAGAAUUCAGUCGACGGACUGGACAAGUUGAACGACGAGUUUUACCUUUGCCCGAGUUCCACCGAUUACGUCCGUCCUUUCCGGGCCAUCAACGUCGACGGCAAGUGGCGCACCAUCGUCAACGGCGUCGAGUCUUACGGCAUCAAGUACACGCAAACUGCUCGAAUUGAAGAAUGCGACGUGGUCGUGGGCACCACCUGCCCCUUGGUCCCGUCCUGCUACGAGUCCAAAUGCGUCCAGAAAAAUAUUUUCCAUCGCUUCUUGGUCUACAACCCAAAAGACUACACCUUCCCUUUCGCCAUUGAAAAAUUCAAGUUGCCCGGAUCGUGCGGAUGCGUUGUCGGAGCUUUCCACCUUUAAA